ACGAACUUUACUUUCAAGGCGGAUGACUGCGUCCUGAAACAUUUGGACACCACUCACCGCGUGGGGUGUGCCACAACACGCGAAGAAUCAGGGGGCGUCUUGGUCCUAGACGCGACAAUUGCUCUGCGGAAACUCACCGUCAGCAUCACCAAUUAUUUCGCUCAAGUGGGUCUCUGGCUAUUUCCUUCCAUCUGCGUGUCUGGAGAUUUUGUGGGCACUGUGGAAUCUUUAACCCUGCGAAUGGAGGUGGCGUUGACGACUCCAUUUGCCGCUGAGUUGCGUUCGCUGAGCAUCACCAAUAUGGGGCCUCCGCAAGUGCACAUCACUGGCCUAGGCGUCUGGACUCUCUUAUGGAAGUUGUUGCAGUCGUCGUUGUUGUCACGAAGUAGACUGGAGAAUUUCAUCAUACCCAUAUUCGAAAGGACCAAGGUGCGAGAAGAUAUAACCAUCCAGACCAUUAAGUACGGGACCAGGCAAAAUGAGAUCCGACCUCGAGAAAGUACA